GCCACAUUUUCUUUGAUCUGUUCAAUUUUACCAUUACCAAACUUCAACGCCUGCGCGGUGAGGCCAGUCUUGCGUGUUGCAUACGUGCAUGCGCGGAGCGCUCCUCGCAAUGAGUCUCAUACGCGGCUGCCCUCAGCCUCCCACCAGCAGCCUGCCACCUUUGCGCUCAUUAGAUGCACUCACCGAGGAGGACAUCCUCGCCGCGUUGCACAACCUUCGUGCGCUUUACUGUCCUUUAUCUUCAGCACUGACUUUCUAUGGCGAGAAAUCAAAAUCCGACUCGCCACUCAGUAAACCCCAUACACAGCCGGUUGAUUCCGGUUACGUGUCUGGCGACGAAGGAGGUAGCGCGAAUGAAGAUGACGAAGAUGUCCUUGACAGUCUGCGCGCCGAUGGCUUUGAGCGCAAUUAUGCCUUGCGCUGGUUAACCGGCUUCAUCGCACGUUCCGAGGGCUUGUCCAUUUGGAGCUCAGAAGACGAGUGUGAACGGGCCGUGGACCAGGCCUCCUACGUGCUUGCUUCGUUCAGCAGCACUGUAGAGCAGGACGCGGAUGAGAAAGAUUCUGGAAUCACUCGCAACUUUCAAUUUGACGUCGGUCCCAUGUUGUUCACGAGCACCGAUGUGCCAGCGAAAGUUGAAGUCAAGCUCAUGGAUAAACCCAUCGGCACUGGAAAUGAUCACACAGAUGUUGGGCUCCAAAGCUGGGGCGCCUCAAUUGUGUUCUCAGACCUUAUCUGUGCAAAACCUGAGCGCUUUGAUAUCACAAAACUCAGCGAUUCACCACGCGUUAUUGAAUUGGGUGCAGGUACAGGACUUGUUGGUCUGACGCUUGCCAAGCUACUUCCUUAUCUGGGAUAUUCGAACGCCGAUGUUGUUGCAACAGACUACCAUUCCGCUGUCCUUGCCAAUCUUCAAGAUAACGUGAAGGCCAAUUUUCAAGAGAUGGUAUCACCGCCUUUGCAAACAUGUGUUCUCGACUGGUCAGCGCCGACUUUCGAGGCUCCUUUGGAUCGCCUGGCGGACCUGAUCGUCGCUACGGAUGUCAUAUAUGCUCCAGAGCAUGCCAUAUGGAUACGAGACUGUGUUGGGCAUUAUCUAAAGCCUAACGGCGUUUUUUGGCUGAUGGCAACUGUUCGCCAAAACGGCAAGUUUGAGGGUAUCAGCGACACAGUUGCAUCUGCUUUUGGGAAUGUGGAUUAUUUACCAAGGGACAAUAAGGGGCGUAAAUUGAGGAUCUUGGAAGAAGAACGAAUUCAGAAACGGAGUGGCAUUGGACGAGGUGACGAAACCGGUUAUGAUCUUUUCAAGAUUGGUUGGAGCGAGGCCUAGAGGCAGGAUAAAGGAGUUCAGGUCAUGAGGAUAAUCACAUAUUUAGAGCAUAGAGAGAUAAGAGAGACAAGAUAGAUAUAGAACGCCAGCAGAAAUACUUAG